AUGAAUCCCUCAGAGGCCCCCCACGACAUAUCCGCCUCGGAUCUGGAACGCAUCUGGCGCUGGAACGCAACCGUGCCCUCACCCGUGAACCGCUGCGUGCACGACAUGAUCGCAGAGGUCACGGCCCGGCAGCCCGCCGCCGAGGCCAUUUGCUCCUGGGACGGCAGCAUGACCUAUGCAGAGCUCGACGCCUACUCGACGCGGCUGGCCCACCACCUCGUCGGCCUCGGGGUAGCCGCCGGCACAAUCGUGCUCUUGUGCUUUGAGAAGAGCAUGUGGACGCCCGUCGCGAUGCUGGCCGUCAUGAAGGCCGGCGGCGCCUCGGUCGCCGUCGACCUCGUGCAGCCCGAGGACCGGCUGCGCGUCAUCGUCGAGCAGGUCGCGCCCGUGCUGAUCCUCUCCUCGGCCGCGCAGCAGCUCGUCGCCCACAAGCUGCUGAGCUCCAUGCCGGCGGGCGCGUCCGUCGUCGUCGUCGAUGGGGACCGGGUGGCCGCGCUGCCCACCGCCGCAACCAGCGACGUGCUGCCCGCCGUCGACCCCAGCAGCCUCCUCUACAUCGUCUUCACGUCCGGCAGCACGGGACGGCCCAAGGGCGUGUCCAUCCGCCACUCAAACCUCUGCAGCGCGGUCCGGUACCAGCAGACGGCGCACGGCUUCCGGCCCGACUCGCGCGUCUACGACUUUGCCUCGUACGCGUUCGACGUCGCAUGGAUGAACGUGCUGCACGCGCUGACCGCGGGCGCCGUCCUCUGCAUCCCGUCUGAGGAGGACCGCCGCGACAACUUUUCAGAGUCCAUUGUCCGCCUGCGCGUCACGUACGCCGAGAUGACGCCGACCAUGGCCUACGUCCUGUCCCCCAAGACGGCCGAGACGCUGCGGACGAUUGUGCUGGGCGGCGAAAAGGCCCACGCCGACGCGCUGGACCGCUUCCCGCAAGGCGUGGAGCUCAUGAAUACGUACGGGCCGUCCGAGUGCACGCCCACGUCGACCAUCUCCACCAUUGACCGCAGCGUGCCCUUUUCGGGCAGCAUCGGCACCGGGUACGGCGUCAACACGUGGGUCGUGUCGCCGGCGGACCACACCGCGCUGGUGCCGAUCGGCACGGUCGGCGAGCUGGUGAUUGAGGGCCCGCUGGUCGGCGCGGGGUACAUUGGCGACCCGGAGAAGACGGCCGCCGUCUUCAUCAACGACCCACCGUGGCUGGUCCGCGGCGCGCCGGGCCAUGAGGGCCGCACCGGCCGCGUCUACAAGACGGGUGACCUAGUGCGGUACAGCCAGGAGGGCGAGAUCAUCUUUGUUGGGCGGCAGGAUACGCAGAUCAAAGUCAACGGUCAGCGGACGGAGCUAGGCGAGAUUGAGCACAUUGUCAAGGAGUGCCUCGUCAAGACGGCGGGCGAGUCCAGAGCCAUUGUCGAGCACAUUAUCCCCACCGGCUCCAAGCGACCCGUCCUCGUGGCUUUUUUGGAUCUCGACGCCAUGCCGGACGGAGACGCCUACUUUGCCGACUUGAAAGCCAAGGGCGCCGUCCUCGAGCAGAAUCUCAUCCGCGCUCUGCCCGCCUACAUGACCAUCUUCGCCUUUAUCCCCAUCCACGGCUUCCCUCUGACCGUGUCCGGCAAGCUCGAUCGGCGCAGCCUGCGCGCUAAAGCCGAGUCGUUCAACCUGGAGCAGCUCACCGCCCUGAACCCCUGCCGCAAGGAGAAGCGCGCGUGUACGACGGAGACGGAGAUGACUAUCCAGCACCUGUGGGCGUCAAUUUUAGACAUCAGCCCGUCGAGCAUCGGCGUCGACGACAGCUUCUUGCGGGUUGGCGGCGACUCCAUCACCGUCAUGAAAUUUGUCAGCCUGGCGCGCGAAAAGGGCCUGCAUUUGACUGUAGCAGAGAUUCUCAAGAAGCCACGCCUGGGAGACCUCGCGGCGGGCGUCGGUGAAAAUAGCGACCAGGACGAGACGGUGCAGCCAUUCUCCCUACUACAGCCAAGUCUCAGCGCCGAGGACAUCCGCUUCUACACGUCCAAGAUUUGCGGCGUCGCGCCCGAGACGAUCCAGGACGUGUUUCCCUGCACGCCGCUGCAGGAGGGCCUGCUGGCGCUGACAGCCAAGCGCGCGGGCGAGUACAUCGCCACCGAGGUGUUUGCGCUGCUGCCCGAGAUUGACGCCGGCCGCUUCCGGACCGCAUGGAACACGUUUGUGGCGCAGACGCCGAUCCUGCGCACCCGCAUAAUUGACAUUCCCGGGCAGGGCAUCGUGCAGGUGGUUCUCAACGAGGGCGACGUGCUCGCCCGCGGCGACGACGCGCAGAGCCUCGCCGACUAUGUGGCACAGCACGAAAAGGUACACAUGGAGCUCGGCACGCCGCUUCUGCAUGCCCGGCUGGUUGAGCAGGCCGGCGGCAAUCACCUCGUGUGGACAAUCCACCACGCCCUCUUUGACGGUUGGUCGAUUCCGCUCAUGCUGCGCCUGCUCGAGACCAUCUACCACGGCGGCAGUAGCGAGGUCCCGCCGCCGCCGUUUCAAGACUUCGUCAAGCACAUUGUUAAGAGUGAUACGGACAAGAUGAAGUCCUUUUGGGACGGUCAGCUACGGGGCCUCGAAGCCCGGCCGUUCCCUGCGCUCCCCGCGCCCGACUAUGAGCCGCGCCCGACGGAUGUGUUGAACCACCAGAUGACAGACGUGCAGUGGCCGCAGGCCGGCGUGACGCCAACAAUGGCGCUCCGGGCCGCGUGGGCGCUCGUUAUUUCACAGUACACGAGCUGCAAUGACGUCUUGUACGGCGCCACGGUGGCGGGACGGCAUGCACCGGUAAACGGUGUGGAAGCCAUGAUUGCGCCCACGAUUGCGACGGUGCCUCUGCGAAUUCGGCUAGACUAUGCCACGAGUGUUAGCCAGUUUUUAAAUAGUGUGCAAAAGCAGGCGGUCGACAUGAUUGACUAUGAACAGGCCGGCCUGCUCAAGAUAAGCCGCGUCAGCGCCGACGCCCGAAUAGCCUGUCAGUUUCAGACAUUGCUCGUCGUGCAGCCUAGCCAGGCCGACUCGGCGACUCCCUCCACUGUGUUCGCGCCCGGCACCGACGAGGAGGAAAACAGUCCCGACUCGGGGUUCCUCGGCGCCUUUGACACCUACGCCCUCAACCUCAUCUGCCACCUUGCGCCCAACGGCGUCUGGCUUCAAGUCAACUACGACCCGGCCGUCUUCUCGCGCGACCGGACGGCACGCAUGGUCACGCAGAUAGAGCACGUGCUGCGGCAGCUAUGUGUCCCGGCCAACCUGGACAGCUCGCUCGCCGAUGCCAUGACGAUGAGCGAGACGGACCUGGCGGAUAUUUGGACGUGGAAUGCGCAGGUCCCGGAAGCGGUGAAUCGGUGUGUGCAUGAGCUGAUCGGGGAGACGACGCGGAAGCAGCCGGAUGCCGAGGCCAUCCAUGCGUGGGACGGAAAGCUGACCUAUAAGCAGCUGGAUGUCUGGUCGAGUACCUUGGCGGCUUACCUUACCAGCCAAGGCGUUGGGAUAGGUUCCAUCGUCCCCCUCUGUUUUGAGAAAUCGAUGUGGACGCCGGUUACUAUGCUCGCCGUCAUGAAGGCGGGCGCUGCCUCUGUUGCCAUGGACCCUGAGCAGCCCGAGCAGCGAUUGCAAGCCAUUGUCCAGCAAGUCCAGCCCAAGCUGCUGCUAUCCUCGACCAAGUACCAGGAUCUUGCCAAUACACUGGCCGCUUCCAGUGCUAUACAAGUCGUUGCUAUAGACCAGAUAUGGCUGGCCGCCCAAACACUCCCGUCCGAAAGCCUCGCCCUCGCCGCCGUCAACCCCAGCAGCCCGCUCUUCAUCCUCUUCACCUCGGGCACGACGGGCCUUCCUAAGGGCGUCGUCGUGACGCACGCCAACUUCAGCACAGCUAUCCGCCACCAAGCGGACUUUUUCGGAUACAACAGCCCGCAGGCGCGCGUGUACGACUUUUCUUCAUACGCCUUUGACGCGGCUUGGCUCAACCUGCUCUUCGCGCUGGCCGGCGGUGCGUGUCUGUGCGUCCCGUCGCAGGACGAGCGGCGGGAUGACCUGGAGGCGUCCAUGGCGCGGUUCAACGUCACGCACGUUGACAUGACGCCGACCGCGGCCAGCCUGCUCACCUCUGCGGCAACGGCACGGCUGCACACGCUGACGCUCGGCGGUGAGCGGCUGCUGCCGGCGGAUGCCCGGCGAUGGUCCCAGACCGUCAAGCAUGUCAACAACAUGUACGGCCCGAGUGAAUGCACAGCCACGGCGACGAUUUUGCGCGUGACGCCGGACAUGGUGCCCGAUAGCAUCGGACACGGCGUCGGUGUGUGCACGUGGAUUGUCGACCCGCAGGACUCGUCGGUGCUCGUUCCAGUCGGAUGCGCCGGCGAGCUUCUUCUCGAAGGCCCUCUGGUCGGCCCUGGCUACCUCGGCCAGCCGGAGAAGACGGCCGCGGCCUUUAUCGAGGACCCGCCCUGGCUGGUGCGCGGCGGCCGCCGCGGCCGGCUGUACAAGACGGGAGACCUGGUCCGCUACCACGCCGACGGCAGCCUCAUCUUCCUGGGCCGCAAGGACACGCAGGUCAAGUUCAACGGCCAGCGACUCGAGCUGCAGGGCAUCGAGCACGUCCUCCAAAAUUGCCUGGCAGGUGUCGGCGGCGGCAGCCGCGCCGUAGUCGAGGUCGUCACCCCGUCGCAGGGCAAAAAGGCGGUGCUAGUCGCAGUCUUAGAUAUCGGCGUCGGGGACAAGGAUGCGUUCUUCGCGGCCAUGCACGCGCGGCAGGCGGAGAUGGAGGAGAGGUUGCUGCAGUCGCUGCCGACCAACAUCAUAAUAAGCGCCUUUAUCCCACGCAACGGGUUCCCGCUGACGACGGCGGGCAAGAUUGAUCGACGCGUUCUGCGCGCGGAAGCGGAAGCGUACACGUUGGAGCAGCUGACGGCGCUCAAUCCAUACUACACAGUACAAGAAAAGAGGCUGCCAACAACGGACGCCGAGAAGACGUUGCAGGAGCUGUGGGCUUCGACCCUGGGCAUUAGUCCAGACACGAUUGGUGCCGACGAUAGCUUCUUGCGCAUCGGUGGUGACUCGGUCAGCGCCAUGCGCGUGGUCGGACUCGCACGCCAAAAGGGUGUCUACCUGACCGUGGCCGAGAUUCUGAAGCGGCCUCGGUUGAGCGAUCUGGCAACCGUCGUUGGUACGCUGAUUGAACCUAGCCAACAGGCGAUUGCGCCUUUUGCCCUGGUCCGAUCUGGUGCCGCCGCGCAGCAGACUCGACUGGACGCCGCCAAGCUGUGCGCAGUCAGCCCGGAGCAGAUCCAGGACGUGUUCCCCUGCACGCCAUUACAAGAGGGCUUGCUCGCGUUGACGGCACGACGCGCUGGCGACUAUGUCGCGCAAGAAGUCUUUCAAGUGCGUCGCGAGAUUGACAUCCCUCGCUUCCAGGCGGCAUGGCAGACCUGGGUGGCCAGCACGCCGAUUCUCCGGACGCGCAUCGUUGAUCUGCCCGGCCAGGGACUCGUGCAGGUCGUCGUCGAUGAAGCCUAUCCGUGGCCCGCGACAGCCGUCACCACCUCGUCGCAGGACCUCGACUACCACAUGCGCAUGGACAGCAAGCACUCUAUGGGCCUCGGUGUGCCUCUGAUGCGCUUCCGCCUCGUCCGGCAAAGCGACGACCGCCACUUUCUCAUCUGGACCCUCCACCACGCCCUCUACGACGGCUGGUCCAUGUCCAUUAUGCUGAGCACGCUGGAAAGUACGUACAACGGCAUCACGCUCCCGCCUGCGCCCCCCUACCAGGCCUUUGUGCAGCACGUCAAAAGCGUUAGCCGCGAGCAGGUGGCCCAGUUCUGGCGCCAGCAGCUGCAGGACCUCGAGGCUCAGAGCUUUCCCGUGCUCCCGUCGCCGACCUACCAGCCCGACGCAAGCCGGUCCCUCGUCCGUGCCAUCAGUGGCCUGUCGUGGCCAAAGACAGACGUCACCCCGACCGUGGUGCUCCGCGCCGCCCUCGCCGUCAUCACGGCCCAGUACACCGGCCUGCGCGACAUCAUCCUCGGCACUACCGUCGCCGGGCGCCACGUUCCCGUGCCCGGCGUGGAGCGCAUCGUGGGCCCGACCAUUGCCACCGUACCACUACGCGUACAGCUCGACUACACGCGGAGCGCCGCGCACCUACUGACCAGCAUGCAGGCGCAAAUGGCCGCCAUGAUUGAGUACGAGCAGGCCGGGUUGCUGCAAAUCAGCCAAAUCAGCCCCGAGGCCAAGGCCGCGUGCCAGUUCCAGACUCUGCUUGUGGUACAGCCCGACGAGGAGACGCAGACGGCGGCCGGCUUGUUCGCGGCGGAUACGGAAGAGGAGGAGGAGGCCAGCACGGAGCAGGGUUUGGCUGGCGCGUUUGACACGUACGCUGUCAACAUGAUUUGCCAGCUCAAGCAGGGCGGCGUGCGACUGCAGGUCAACUAUGAUACGAAUAUCGUGGCGCCGGCGCAGAUGGACAAGAUGAUCGCGCAGAUGGAGUUUAUGCUGCGCCAGUUUUGCAACGCGGACCUCGACGCCAAGCUGGCGGAUUUUAUCACCCUCCACACGGCCGACUUGGCGGACGUCUGGACCUGGAACGCGAGUGUGCCUGAGACGGCAAACCACUGCGUCCAGGAUCUCAUCGCCGCCUCUGUCGCCCAGCACCCCCACGACGUGGCCGUGUGCGCCUGGGACGGGCAGCUGACCUACUCCCAACUUGAUACAUGGUCGACCCGUCUGGCGCAUCACCUGGUGACGCUCAACGUCACCGACUUCGUCCCGCUGUGCUUUGAAAAGUCCGUGUGGACGCCCGUCGCGAUGCUAGCCGUCAUCAAGGCCGGCGCGGCCGCCGUGGCCAUGGACCCGGCACAGCCAGAGGAGCGACUGAAGACGAUUGUGCAGCAGGUCAAAGCGACGCUGGUGCUGUCCUCCGCGAACCAGCAAGACAUUGUGGGCAGGCUAGUGGCUUCUUCCGUCGCCAGCGCCGUCAUCGUAAGCGAGGCGGUGCUGGCGCAGCUCCCGCUGCCCGACCCGGCGGCCACGUUGCCGGCUGUGAAGCCGGACGAUGCGCUGUACGUCGUGUUUACGUCCGGCAGCACCGGCAACCCCAAAGGCGUCGUCGUCACGCAUGCCAACAUCAGCAGCGCCAUCCGGCACCAGCAGCAAGCGCUCGGUUUCAGCCAAUCGUCGCGCGUCUACGACUUUGCCUCGUACACCUUUGAUCUCGUCUGGUGCAAUCUCCUGCAAGGCCUCGCCGCCGGCGGCACGCUCUGCAUCCCCAGCGACCAGACGCGACGCACCAACCCGCUGCAAGGCAUCGGCGCGCUCUCCGCCAACGUCUCGCUGCUCACGCCCUCGACCAUUCGCGCCCUCGACACCACCAGCCUCGCCAGCCUCGACACCCUCCAUCUCAUCGGCGAGUCCUUUCGACAGAGCGAUAUUGCUAGCAUUCCCCCCACGACGGCCGUUUACAACAUGUACGGCCCAAGCGAGUGCACGACGUUUGCAACACUACACCGCGGCGGCCCGGAAAAGGUCAUUGGCAGGGGUGUUGGGCUGAACACAUGGGUGGCCGAGGUGGCCGACCACAACAUCUUGACCCCCGUCGGCGGCGUCGGCGAGCUGCUCCUCGAGGGCCCGCUUGUGACGCGCGGCUACCUGGAUGAGCCUGAGAAAACGGCCCAAGUCUUCAUCGAGGACCCGGCGUGGCUGCUGAGGGGCGGACCGGGCCCGGAUCAGGCCGGUCGCCGCGGCCGCCUCUACAAGACGGGCGACUUAGUGCGAUACCAGCAAGACGGCAGCCUAGUCUUUAUCGGCCGCAAGGACAACCAGGUCAAGGUCAAUGGCCAGCGCCUCGAGCUCGGUGAGGUCGAGCAUGUCGUUCAAACGUGCCUCCCAAGCAACACGACUGCCAGCGUCGUCGUUGAACUUGUCACCCCCUCCCAGGGCGUCAAGCCCAUCCUGGUCGCCUUUUUGAACCUCUCCUCCGCGGCCCUCCAGCCCAUCGUUGCUGAACUCACGGACCGCCUCGCCGAGAAGCUGCCCGCCUACAUGACACCGUCUGCGUUCCUCCCCGUCCAAGGGUUCCCGCUCACCGCGAGCGGCAAGCUCGACCGCCGUAGCCUGCGCACCGAGGGCGAGGCCCUCACGCUGGAGCAGCUAACGGCCAGCGCGGGUUCGCGGGAGAAGCACGCGCCGCAGACUGACGCGGAGCGGCAAAUGCAGAGUCUGUGGGCCGCGGUGCUCAAUAUUAGCUCGGAGAGUAUCGGCAGAGAGGACAGCUUCCUGCGUAUUGGUGGUGACUCCAUCAGCGUCAUGAAGCUCGUCGAGGCCGCGCGCCAUCAGGACCUAGUUCUCACCGUGGCUGACGUCUUCAAGAGCCCGCGGCUGAGCGAUCUAGCCGCCGGCAUUGGCGCGCGCGGCCACGUCCAGGUGCAAGACGUCGCGCCAUUCUCGCUCCUGCCACCCGACAUCACCCCCGACGAGGCGCGCGCCCAGGCGGCUGCGCUCUGCUCCGCCGUCGUCGCCGCCGAAAAUGUACAGGACGUCUUCCCGUGCACACCCCUGCAACAAGGUCUGCUGGCGCUCACGGCGAAGCGCGCGGGCGACUACAUCGGUCAGGAAAUCUUUACGCUGCACCAGAGCAUUGACCUCACCCGGUUCAGGGCAGCGUGGGACGGUUUGGUGGCCGCCACGCCUAUUCUGCGAACGCGUAUUGUUGACUUACCUGGACAAGGCAUCGUGCAGGUCGUGGUCCAAGAACAACCGGCGUGGCCUACGGAGGGCGAGGAUGCGGGCAGCCUGGAAGCUUCUGCCAGUAUCGAUCGACGACAGCCCAUGGGCCUGGGCACGCCACUGACACGAUUCCGAGUCGUGCGCGAGGCUGGCCACCAUCACCUCGUGUGGACCAUCCACCAUACCCUGUACGAUGGCUGGUCGCUGCUGUCGAUGCUCAACAUCCUCGAGAAGCUGUACAACGGCGAGACCAUCCCUUCACCGGUGCCAUUCCAGGGCUUCGUCGCUCACAUGAUCAACAACGACGCCGCGCAGGCCACCACCUUUUGGGGGCGUGAAAUGCAAGGCCUGGAGGUGCCCUGCUUCCCCGCGCUGCCCAACUUGCGUUACCAGCCCAGCGCCAGCCAGUCCACCACCCGACACAUUACCGGCCUGCGCUGGCCGCGCGUCGACGUGACGCCCUCCAUUGCCCUCCGCGCCGCCUGGGCCCUCGUCGCCGCGCAAUACACCAGCGUCGACGACGUCGUUUUUGGUGCCACCGUGGCCGGCCGCAGCGCCGCCAUUCCCGGCGUCGAGUCCAUGGUCGGCCCUGCCAUUGCCACCGUCCCGCUCCGCGUCCGGAUCGCCAACCGCGCCGCCACGACAGUCGCGCAGUUCUUGGUCGGCAUGCAGGAACAGGCGGUCCGGAUGAUUGAGUUUGAGCAGACGGGCCUGUCGCGCAUCAGCCGUGUCAGCGCCGAGGCCAGGGCCGCGUGUCAGUUCCAGACUUUACUCGUCGUGCAGCCAAUUGAAGAAACGCAAAUCGGCAGCGACUUGUUCCUCCCGGACAGCGAGGAUGAGCAGGGCGGCUUCGUCGGGUCCUUUGACACGUAUGCGGUCAAUGUUGUCUGCGACUUAGAACAAGAUGGUCUGCAGCUGCAGAUUACCUACGAUGAAAACGUCAUUCCGGUGGAAACCAUGGCGCGAAUGACCGCCCAGCUGGAAAAUGUCCUUCGACAGCUCUGCGACGCCGAUAGCCUGCAUAGUACGCUCGCCGACGUCAUGUCCAUUAACACGCUCGAUUUGGACGACAUUUGGAAGUGGAAUGCCACCGUUCCAGAGGCCCUCGACCGCUGCGUGCACGAUUUGAUCAAGGAGACGGUCGAUAGACAACCGCACACCACUGCCAUACACGCAUGGGACGGCCACUUGACCUAUCACGAUCUCGACACGUGGUCCACGCGCCUUGCGCACCGUCUGGUGGACAUGGGACUCCGCGCAGGGUCCAUCGUGCCCAUUUGCUUUGAAAAGUCCAUGUGGACGUCCGUGGCCAAGUUGGCGGUGAUGAAGGCCGGUGGCGCAUCGGCGGCCUUGGAUCCGGCCCAGUCAGAAGAACGGUUGGCUACGAUUGUACGGCAAGUACAGCCACAGAUGGUCCUCGCGUCGUCCGGUUGCCAACAGCUCGCAGAGAGGCUCGUCAAGUCUCCCAGCACAAUCAUCAUUACUGUGGGCGAAGCGCAGCUCAGCCAAAUUGCCAUCCCGGACAAUGCCAGGCUGCCCACCGUGGCACCCGCCGACCCUCUAUUUGUGCUGUUCACGUCUGGCACAACCGGCACCCCCAAGGGUGUCAUUGUCACGCACGUCAAUUUCAGCAGCACGAUCCUGCACCAGCACGCCUACUUUGGCUACGACAAGUCCGCUCGAGUCUACGAUUUCUCCUCGUACGCCUUUGACGCCGCCUGGCUCAAUCUGCUGCUGUCCCUGGUCGGCGGCGCCUGCCUAUGCGUGCCGUCGAGCGACGAGCGCCGCAACGACCUCGCCGGAUCCAUGGAGCGCUUCCAGAUUUCGCACAUUGACAUGACGCCCACAGCCGCCGGCCUGCUGCCGGAGAGCGCCUUGCGUCGGCUGCAUACCAUGACGCUCGGCGGCGAGCAGCUCCGUCCUGUGGACGCGCAGAGGUGGGCGCGCCUCGUCAAGAAUGUGCGCAACAUGUACGGUCCCAGCGAGUGUACUGCAACAGCCACGAUUCUGAGCAUCGAUUCCAAGGCCAUGGUCAAGGACAGCAUUGGUAAAGGUGUCGGCCUCUGCACUUGGAUCGUGGAUGAAACAGCCACCUCGCUAAUGCCCAUUGGUUGUGUUGGCGAGUUGCUGCUGGAGGGCCCGCUGGUUGGCCCUGGGUAUCUGAAUGAACCUGAGAAAACGGCAGCGGCCUUUGUAGAAGAUCCUGGUUGGCUGGCCCGUGGAGGACCCAACCAUGCUGGUCGCCGUGGUCGCUUAUACAAAACCGGCGAUUUGGUCCGCUACCAUCACGAUGGUAGCAUCAUCUACGUCGGCAGGAAGGACACGCAAGUCAAGGUCAACGGCCAGCGCCUCGAGCUCGGUGGCGUGGAACACGUUAUUCAAGAAUACCUCGCCAGCACCGGCGGCAAGACUGGCGUCGUCGUCGAGCUCGUCAAGCCCUUACGGGCACAUAAGUCGGUUCUGGUGGCCUUUUUAGACACUACAGCAUCCCCGGUCCACGAGCUUACCCAAAAGCUGCAGGCCGGCCUAGAAGAGGUCCUGACCCAGUAUCUCCCGACCAACGUCACCAUUACGGCUUUCCUCCCCGUUGCCGGCCUCCCGCAGACGGCCACCGGCAAGCUGGAUCGCAAGAGCCUGUGCGCCACCGUGGAGGCGCUCAGCCUGCAGGAGCUCACAGCCGCCAACAUGUACCAGGUCGAGAAGCGCGCGCCAAGCACGGAUUCCGAGCGCCUGAUGCAGGGGCUCUGGGCGGCGGUGCUGGGGAUCGACGCGGAGAGCAUCGGCGCCGACGACAGCUUCAUGCGCGUGGGUGGCGACUCCAUCAGCGCAAUGCGGCUUGUCGGGGCGGCGCGCCAGCACGGGUACGUUUUGACCGUGGCCGACGUGCUCCUCCACCCGAAGUUGUCGGAUGCUGCGCAGAGGCUGCAGUGCAUCGAGGAUUAUGAGCCCUCCAACGGCGUGCGCAAGGCACCGCUGCAGCUUCUGCCCUCCAAGCUCUCCAGUGCGCGUCUCGAAGCGGUUCUGCAGAAAUGGGGCUCGCGGGACGAAGAGGCGCAAGACGUGCUGCCCGUCACGGACGAGCAGGCGCGCAGUCUCUCCAUGACGUACUCUGCCUCCCGGAGCAUGCUGUUUUACCACGCGCUUGAUUGCUCCGCCGAGAUGGACUUGUUGAGCAUGAUCAAGGCCUGCUCGGUGCUCGUGUCACGGUUUGAUAUUCUUCGCACCGUCUUCAUCGUCGAGGGCGACUCCUAUUUGCAAGUCGUGCUUCGCUCCUUGAGGUUGGAGGUGCCCACGAUUCUGGCAGAGCAGGGGGAAGAUAUUGAAAAGUGCAUGGCAGCCCUGUUGCAACGCGAGUCGUCCAAUGCACUGGCAUUAGGCGUGCCGCUGACCAAGUUCUACAUCAUCUAUUCUGAGAACCAGCAGACGUACCGCGUCGUCCUGCGUCUAUCCCACGCGCAGUUUGAUGCCAUCAGCUUGGGUCAAAUCUGGUCUGCGUUCGAGGACGCCUGCAAGGACGGUGUCAAGGCCAGUUCAGAGCCGGUAUCGAGCUUCUCUGCCCAUAUGGAGUCCAUUUCUAGACUCAACAAGCCGCAGACUGUGACGUAUUGGCGUGAGCUGCUACAGGGCUCCUCCGUCACGAAACUAAACGAGAGCGCCUCCCAUGUCGUCAAGCACGGUGUUGACAUGUCCAUUACCAAAUCCAUUCCGCAAAGCCAGCUUCGAUCCAUGGACUACACCUUUCCCACCGUGCUGGGCGCGGCGUGGGCGUACGUGCUCGCCAAGAGAAUGCAGAUUGACGAUGUCGUGCUCGGAAUUCUGACCCACGGCCGAGACCAAGGGGUCAGCGAGGGCGUCUGCGGGCCUUGCGUCAACGUUGUGCCGCUGCGUAUCUCGCUCAAGGACAGCGGGCGGGUAGAGGAUCUCCUUGCCGCCGCCCACGCGCAGAGGGUCGCCAGCAUUGCCCACAGUCAGCUUGGCUCCCGCGAGAUUGUCCGCAGCUGCACAGACUGGUCGCAAAACAGCUACUUUGGCACCGUGAUUCGCCAUAACAGCUACAGCGACGACGAGGCCCAGGCGAGUCGCAUGCACAUUUUCGAGUCUCUGGGCUCCGGCGCGACGCCCGUUGACAUCGACAAUGUCGAGGUCCACAUCAUUGCCGUGUCGAGCAAUGGCAAGAUUGAUGUCGAGGUCAGCUUCGCGGCGAACGUGGUUCCCGCAGAUGUGGCCCAUCAAUUGGCAGCGGACCUGCAGGAUACUAUUCUGCAGUUUUACAACAGCCUGGACUCGCCUCUGCAGUCACUGCCGGCGCUGCCUCCUUUGAAAUGCUCGCUGCCCGUGCGGGCCAAGCCAGUCCACGUCAAUGGCAUCGAGACCAAGACGGUGCUUGCUGAUCGGUGCCCGGCGGCUAAAAUGGAGGCUCUGCGCGCGGCUUGGAGAAGUGUGCUCGGGGAUGGUGUCAAAUUGGACCUGGAGUCUCCCAAGACGUUUUUCGAUCUGGGAGGUGAUUUGAUCGGUGCUAGUGUCAUCGCGGCACAUGUUGCCCGCGAGGGAUAUUUGAUGACGACCGAGGAUGUCUUUGAGCAUCCAACUUGGCUGUCGCAGCUGGCGUUGCUCGGUAGUCGCGCGCAUUAG